AUGGAGGAUAACCAGGACUCAGAGAUCUGCAUUGUUAACUGCGUUAAAAAGGAAGAAUCAGACUCAGUCGCUGUCACUAUCGAUACACAGGGCAUAGAUAACUCACACUCAACCAACAUAGUAGGUGGCAGUAAUGCACCUCAACACUGGUUGCCAGUCGACAUAAAACAGGAAAAAGAAGAAGAAGUAGAACAGUCCGUUAGUCAGGGAGGAGACUUGCAAGAUAUCACCGACCAGGAUCACUCCAAGAGCGGAAAGGAGGAGAACCAGAACUCAUGGGACCACACAAACAACCCUAUUAAUGCAGAAGAAUCAGGCUCAACCUCUGCUACCACUGAAAAACAGGGCAUAGAUAACUCACACUCAACCAACAUAGUAGGUGGCAGUAAUGCACCUCAACACUGGUUGCCAGUCGACAUAAAACAGGAAAAAGAAGAAGAAGUAGAACAGUCCGUUAGUCAGGGAGGAGACUUGCAAGAUAUCACCGACCAGGAUCACUCCAAGAGCGGAAAGGAGGAGAACCAGAACUCAUGGGACCACACAAACAACCCUAUUAAUGCAGAAGAAUCAGGCUCAACCUCUGCUACCACUGAAAAACAGAAACCAAAAAGAAGAAACGGACUCAAACAUCACCGCUGUAAACACUGUGACAAAGCCUUCACAACAUUACAGUAUUUACAGAUUCAUCAGAGAGUUCAUACAGGAGAGAAACUUCAUACCUGUGAACACUGUGGGAAAGCUUUCACUCAAGACAGUACUCUAAAAAAACACCAACUUAUCCACUCUGGAGAGAAACCGUACUCUUGUGACCAAUGUGGGAAAACAUUCACUCAAGACAGUAAUCUAAAAACCCACCAACGCACUCAUAGUGGAGUGAAGCCACACAAUUGUGAGUCAUGUGGUAAAGCGUUCACUAGAGCUAGUAAUCUAAAAGAUCACAGACGUAUUCACACUGGAGAGAAGCCCUACAGCUGUGACCAAUGUGGGAAAACUUUCACUCAGGACAGUACUCUAAAAAAACACCAGCGUAUCCACUCUGGAGAGAAACCGUACUCUUGUGACCAAUGUGGGAAAACAUUCACUCAAGACAGUAAUCUAAAAACCCACCAACGCAUUCAUAGUGGAGUGAAGCCACACAAGUGUGAGCAAUGUGGGAGAAGUUUCUCUUCACGUAGUCAUCUAAAAAGCCACCAAUGCAUCCAUACUGGAGAAAAACUGUACAGUUGUGAGUCAUGUGGUAAAGCGUUCACUAGAGCUAGUAAUCUAAAAGAGCACAGACGUAUUCACACUGGAGAGAAGCCAUACUGGUGUGAACAGUGUGGGAAAACUUUCAAUACAGACCGUAAUCUAAAAAGCCAUGUGCGUAUUCACACUGGAGAGAAGCCGUACUGGUGUGAGCAAUGUGGGAAAACUUUUACUCAUAGCGGUAGCUUAAAAAGCCACCAAUGCAGUCACUCAGCAUCGUGUUGA